AUGAAAGCCUUUGUGUUUUGCAAGGUCUCUCAGGCACUGUUGGUGUGCACAACCACAACGAGAGGACAGCUUACACCGCAGCGUAAACACGAAAACAGAGGCUUGGUUCUGGGCAUGCUCCCGGAAUGUGAACUGCGCUCCACUGAUGAGCUAGCCAACAUUCAAACCAAAGGUGAUGGACAGCUCUCCAAGCCGAGGACUGCAGCGAAAACAAUGAUCGAAAACCAGGAAGGGACGAGUUACUCAGUGUUGAAUCUUCUGAGAAGAAAGCCUUACAAGUCCCAGUUACCAUGCCAAAUCUUUACGUUAGUUGUGGUCAGCUUCAGCCCUUUCUAUGCCUGGAAUUGUACCGAUGUUCUGUGCUGCAUGAUCUUCAUACUGUUUAUUGUGGGCUACAUUCUGUUAGGACUCGUGGCCUGGAUCCAUGGCGACCCCAGGAGAGUGGCCUAUCCUACAGACAGCGAGGGACACUUUUGUGGCCAGAAGGGCACCCCCAAUGAGAAUAAGCCCGUUUUGUUUUACUUUAACCUGUUCAGAUGUACGAAUCCCUCCAUGAUGUUAAGGCUGCACUGCCCCACCACACAGUCUCUGUCUGAAAUCUUUAUGCGUGGUGACUGUCCCACAGCUGUCUUCCCAAGCAGACCUUUUCUCCAAAGAUGUUUCCCUGACUUCUCCUCCACGAAUGCAUCCUUAACAGUAGGACAUAAGAUAACGUUUGAAGACGGAAGUGGAAACGUAAGAAAUGUCGUGGAGCUCAGGGAGGCCUCAAAGGGGCUGGAGAGAUGGCUCAGCGCAACAAACAUGGGUGUACAAGUGUUUUUAGAGUAUUCCCUUAUAAUGUUCUGGAUCUUUUAUUGCCUGACUAUUGCCAUGGUGUUGAGCUGGAUUUUUUUGAUACUCCUGAGGUACAUAGCUGGACUCCUCUUCUGGGUCUUCAUGUUUGGUGUGCUUGGAAUUAUAGGAUAUGGAAUAUGGUUCUGUUUUAUGGAAUACAACCGUCUCCAGCAAAAGCCAGAAUCUACAAUAACGAUAUACGACAUUGGGAUUCAGGCCGACAUAAGCAUGUUCUUUUACUUGAAGCAAACAUGGUUCAUAUUGAUGAUCAUCCUCUCCAUCAUCGAAGGCAUCAUCAUCAUCGUGCUGAUCUUCCUCCGGAAGCAGAUCCGCAUUGCCAUCGUCCUCCUGAAGGAAGGCAGCAAAGCCAUUGGAUAUGUUCCUUGCACGCUAGCUUACCCACUUUUAACGUUCAUUUUGCUCUCUAUCUGCAUUUCUUACUGGAUUGUGACAGCUGUUUUCUUAGCUACGUCGGGGGUACCUGUAUUCAAAGUUAUAGCUCCAGAGGGCCAAUGUGCAUAUGAAGAUGAAACUUGUGACCCAGAAAAUUUUGACAAUACUGAUGUUCACAAAGUUUGCCCUGAGGCAUCAUGUAACUUUGCCUUCUAUGGUGGAACCGGUGUGUACCAUAAGUUGAACAUGACCUUCCAGAUCUACAACCUGUUCGCCUUCCUCUGGCUCGUAAACUUUGUCAUUGCUUUGGGUCAGUGUACCCUUGCUGGCGCCUUCUGUACUUAUUACUGGGCCAUGAGAAAGCCCGAUGACAUCCCACCACACCCGGUCUUCACUUCAUUUGGACGAGCCGUAAGAUACCACACAGGCUCUUUAGCCUUUGGAGCAUUGAUCCUCGCAUCAGUUCAGAUGUUUAAAGUGAUCAUAGAAUAUGUGGACAGGCGACUUAAAAGUAAGGUUCCCGAUUUGAUGACGACUUCUGUGAUGGCAAUUGCAAUGUAUGGCAAAAGCUUCUGCGAGUCAACAAAAGAUGCCUUCAAUCUGCUCAUGAGAAACAUUUUAAAAGUCGCAGUUACAGAUGAAGUUACACACUUUAUAUUAUUCCUGGGAAAAAUUCUAGUUUCUGGUUUUGUAGGCAUUCUGGCAUUCUUGCUCUUCACAGAGAGAUUGCAGAAGAUCAUAGAAGGGCCAACAAGUUUAAAUUACUACUGGGUACCCUUGCUGACUAUUGUGUGUGGAUCCUACCUGAUUGCACAUGGGUUCUUCAGUGUCUAUUCAAUGUGUAUUGAAACCAUUUUCAUCUGUUUCUUGGAAGAUUUAGAAAGAAACGAAGGUUCUUUGGAAAGACCCUAUUUCGUGACUCCGUCUCUGAUGAACGUUUUGCUGGAGAAGGAUACCUAUAAGAAGGAGUAGGAGAGCCAGCUGGUCCUCCUGCUUUGCUGAAUCGAUCCACCACUCCUUUCCUAAGGGCUUUGGUUCGGGGGACCCUUGGAUCCAGGACCUUGCUGGCUCGCGUUUGCAUCUUAUACCAAAGCCUACACUGUAAUCUGUGAAGCCAUCAGAUGUCGCAAGGGAAUUGUUAAUA